AUGUGGCAAACCACGCUUGUUUUUACACAUGUUGUUGAUUAUCUGAAUACUGCAAAAGAAUCCCUUCUGAUGAAGAUGGCGUGGGAGAUGAUGUACCAUGAGUAUGCAGAGGAAACCUACAACAGUGAAAAAGAAAGAUCCUAUAGUAAGACUGUUGCUCCUCCUGGUAAGAAAACUUCUGCAACCACAAGCCUAAGCAAUGCAGAAAGUGAAAAGAAAAAGAGACUUAGUGCAUAUAUCAAUUUGGAUGUCUUGGAUAAGCUAUUUGAUGAUCAAAGCAGCGAAGAAGAAUGCCUUUUGGAACCUAAGGGUUCUGAAGAAGAUGCACUAGAAGAAGAUAAACCAGUCUGGAACAAAGAUUACAAUACUGAAGAAGCUAAUGGAGGAGAUGACGAAUUCUAUGGCGGAGCUGAUCUUGAAUAUGAAAAUCAAGAUGAAGCAGAAUAUAACGAAGAUAUUAUUCGGUGA